CUGAGCUAUUAUGGGGGCACCACAACAGGUGAGACGAUAGACAAGUGCUCAGAACCAACCACUCACUCCUCCCUCUCCUCUCCUUCCCUUCCCUCCCUCUCCAGGCAGGAGAGAGAGAGAGGCACAUGCUCCGGUUGCUAGAUUCAGUUCGAUCUGAAUAGCUACCUGCCCCUUUUCAAUCAGCUUUCAGAAUUUAUUAUUACAGCCCGGUUCGUGUUUGUUGCCUUCGAUGUGCUCAUCCUGUUUUCAAAGUUAGAGGAUUUAUCUUUCUGUCUACUUCAUUUGUUCCUCUCUUAAUCAGAGAUCGAUUGAUCGUCCAGAAGAAGCCGGAGGCGAUAGGUAGAGAGAGGACGAAAAGGCUAAUAGUCAGGUAGACUAGUGUCCACGGCACAUACGCUGCCACUUCGUGACUUGGACUAGUCAGUGUGACUGGCUUCAUUCUGCUCCGACGUCAUAAGACAACAACAUUCUUGGUGCUGGUGCAGUGGUGGUGCCGUGCUAAUCAACUCGAUCGGCUGGGAUGGCGGCUGCCUCUUCCGCGCACUUGUUCGGACUCGGCAACGCGCAGAUGCAGCCGCCGCCGCUGCAGCAGGCGGCGCCUCCUCCUCCUCCUGCUCCUGCGCAGAACCCUGCCACGCCGGCGCCCAAGAAGAAGAGGAAUCAGCCCGGCAACCCAAAUCCUGACGCAGAGGUGAUCGCGCUGUCCCCCAAGACGCUGAUGGCGACGAACCGGUUCGUGUGCGAGGUGUGCAACAAAGGUUUCCAGCGGGAGCAGAACCUGCAGCUGCACCGGCGUGGGCACAACCUGCCGUGGAAGCUGAAGCAGAAGAACCCCAAGGAUGUGCGGCGGCGGGUGUACCUGUGCCCAGAGCCGACGUGCGUGCACCACGACCCGUCGCGCGCGCUCGGCGACCUCACCGGGAUCAAGAAGCACUACUGCCGCAAGCACGGCGAGAAGAAGUGGAAGUGUGACAAGUGCAACAAGCGCUACGCCGUGCAGUCGGACUGGAAGGCGCACUCCAAGACCUGCGGCACCCGCGAGUACCGAUGCGACUGCGGCACGCUCUUCUCAAGGAGGGAUAGCUUUAUCACCCACCGUGCGUUCUGCGACGCACUGGCGCAGGAGAGCGCACGGGUGCCGCCUAUCGGCGCCGAAAUGUACGUCUCCGGCGGCAUGGCCCACGGCCUCUCCGGGAUGGCCGCUUCCCAGCUGCAAUCCUUCCAAGACCAGGCCCACUCCUCGGCCACCACCGCCAUCAGCGGCAAUCCGGCGGCGCAGUUCGAGCACAUCAUGCCGUCCUCCACCAGCUCCCCCACGUUCCGUGGCGCGCAGCCGGCCUCAUUCUAUCUAGGGGGUGCCGACAACGGCCAAGGCCAACCCAGCCACACCUCUCUGCUCCACGGCAAGCCGGCCUUCCACGGCCUGAUGCAGCUGCCGGAGCAGCACCAGCCGGGGAGCAACGGCCUCCUGAACUUGGGGUUCUUCUCGGGCGCGAGCAGCGGUCAGGACGAGCGCCUCGUCUUCCCAGACCAGUUCAACGGUUCCGCGGCCGGGAACGGCCGCGGCGAUGGCGGCGAUCACGGCAACAGCAGCGCCAACACCGAUUCGGCAGCUAUCUUCUCGGGGAAUCUAAUGGGAAACCAAAUGGCAGGCGGCGCCGGCUUCUCUUCUUCCUUGUACAACUCGUCCGAGACCGUCGCGCCGCCGCAGAUGUCCGCGACAGCACUGCUGCAGAAAGCCGCUCAGAUGGGCGCGACGAAGAGCGGCGGCGGAGGCGGCAGCGUGAACUCGCUGCUCAGGGGGCUCGGUAGCGGCGGCGCUUUGAACGGGAGACCUGCCGGAGCAGCUGGGUUCAUGGCAGGUGAGAGCUCGUCGAGGAGCACUUCCCAGGCGGAGAACGAGAGCCAGUUCCGGAACCUCAUGAACACGCUCGCGGCUUCCGGGAGUGGAGCCGGCGCAGCGUUCACCGGUGGCUUCCCCGGCGUGGACGACAGCAAGCUGAGCACGAGGGACUUCCUUGGCGUCGGCGGCGGCGUCGUGCGGGGCAUGAACGGCGCGGCGGGGCUGCCGCUGCGGCACGGUGCCGCGGGCAUUGGCAUGGGAUUAUUGGACCCAGAAAUGAAGUAGGAGAUCGAAAUCCGAAGCAACCAACGCAUGCAUGCAUGCACAACUCUUGGUUCAUGCAAGCAAAUGAUUGACUAGGGUUCAUGGAGUUGGUUAUUGACGAGAGAUCAUAAUGUUAUGGUGCAGGUGCUUGGAGUUGGAUGUUCAUGGGAUGUACCCCCUAGUGUAGUGUAGCUUCUGAGGAUCGAUCAUGGAAGCAAGAAAUAACAGCAGAGAACGAAGGGCGGACCAUUUGUUCAAAUGCUGGUGAUUAAUCAGUUAAUUUUGGCUCUGAUAAUAUCGAUCUAUUGUUGUCCAUCA